AUGGCAGAGAGCUCCAAACCGAAGCAGAAGGAUGAGGAAGGCAGCUAUGACAAGGAGAUCAUCUCAAAACAUCCGGACAUGGAACUGGCACAACUUCGAUUUCUGGUUAAUCACCCCGAGCUCGAUAAGGAAAUCAAGAAGCAGAAGCUAGACGAACUACAAAAGGCCAUCAAGGAGUACGACAUGGCGCCUUUGUACCAGAUAAUCUGCGAUGAACUUGGAGUUGCAGUUGAUAAAGUACAGAUGGCAGCUAUGAAGGAGAACAAUACUAAGCGGAUCAAGGAAAUUGAUGCAGAAAUAGAAGAUGCCGAGAACAACUUAGGUAGUACUGAAGUCCGACAGGCAUGGUUACGGAAGUUCGAAUACUAUUGUCAAAUUGGAGACAAGGAGAAUGUGUGCAAAACGUUUACGUCUACAUACGAUAAGUCAGUUGGAAUGGGUUACCGUAUCGAUCUCGUCUUCAAUAUGAUUCGAGUUGGCCUGUUUUUCCUUGAUCACAGCCUGAUUAAUCAACAUAUCACUAAAGCCAAGGAGCUUAUGGAGCAGGGCGGUGACUGGGAACGCAAGAAUCGUUUACGUUCUUAUGAAGCUCUUUACAAAAUGUCUGUAAGAGAUUUUGCUGGAGCCGCUGAUCUUUUCCUCGAAGCAGUCCCUACAUUUGGCUCAUACGAGCUGAUGACAUACGAGAAUCUCGUUUUCUACACAGUUGUAACCUCUUUGUUUGCCCUUGACCGCCCAGACCUGCGAGCUAAAGUGAUGAAGUGCAACGAAAUACAAGAACAGCUAACUGGUGGUGGAGCUAACGGAGCUUUGGUUCCUGUCCGAGAAUACUUGGAGGCCUAUUAUGGAUGCCAUUAUGAUAGAUUCUUCGUCCAACUUGCAGCAUUAGAGAGCGAGCGAUUCAAAUUCGAUCGUUACCUCGCUCCUCACUUCAACUACUACUCACGUGGUAUGCGUCUUCGCGCAUAUGAACAGUUCUUGACCCCGUAUAAAACUCUGGACAACUUCAUUGCAGGCAAGCUUUUCAUUGAAGUGCAAAUUCAUAAACGUAAUAAAUUUUUCGCCUGUUUCAGAAUUGAUGCAGUCCGUGGUGUUAUUGAGAUGAACCAUCCUGACUCGAAAAAUUAUUUGUACAAAGCUGUCAUAAAGGAUGGUGAUAUCUUGUUGAAUCGUAUCCAGAAACUCGCUCGAGUAAUCAAUGCCUGA